GAUAGAUAGAUACUAUGGAUUCAGUAAGCUUAUCAGAAGGUACUAUGUCCAAUCGGCUCAAAAAGGAUGAGAGGUUGACGUCAGUCCACGUUUGCACCUUCCACUGCGGCAGCUCACUGCCACUCAAACCAAAGUCAUAUAGUUAGAUGUUGAUGUCACUCCACGUUGUCAAACCUUAACAUAGAUCCUUUUUCUACCCUUGCAACCCAAGUUUAACAGCACCGGAGUCUAGACCCAUAUCCUCUCCGCAUAAUGUCUAAUUUCAAGUGGGCUCAUCGAGUUGGCCAUCUCAUUGUUCAACCAGUUGAUUUGCAGCAUAACCCUCCGGAAAGUUACCUCUUCGUCCAAGAUGGGCUUAUCGUAUCAUGUGGAGUGUUAUACGCUAUGUGCUAUUUUUUUUGUAUACUGCGAACUUACAGAGACAAGACAUACCCAGGAGCCAGUUUCGGGGGCAUUCAAUACCUCAGCUUGACCAUGGCAUAUGAGAUAUAUUACGCGUUCACCACCACAUCUACAUGGUUCGAAAAGCUCGCUUUCUUAGUCUGGUUUGAAUUCGACCUCGGUUUCUCAAUAACAGCAAUUCAGCAAGCCCACCGCCCGGAUCAGAGGAUCCGUCUUACUCGGAAUAUGAUCUGCGGCGUCUUAGCUGGGAUAUUGUUCCUCCGGUGGUUGGCCAGUAUGUACCCAGAUGAGCGAGAACAAAUCACCGCGUACUGGACUGGCAUCCUUCUGCAAUUUCCUAUUGGUUGGAUAUGCUUGUAUAGCCUGUGGAAGAAGCAUGACACGAGCGGCCAUUCUCUCGAGAUGUGGGUUACUCGAUACCUGGGAUGCUUCACAGCAUAUGGCGUCUUUUUCUGGCGCUAUCUGAACAUCCCUCAGAACUGGGCAUAUGUGGGGUCAGCAUGGAGUAUUUGGACCAUUGUGUUGACUCUGAUUCCGGAGACGAUUUAUCCAUUCGUCUAUUUCUGGGUUUUCAGGGCAAGCAAGGUCAAAUCAGAGUGAAGGUCUGCUGUAGUUCCAACUGCGAAGAGCUUCGGGGGUUAUCGUGACUCUAACUGCAGGGUAAAAACUUAUGCAAGAGGAUCACAAUUGGUAGUACUGGGGAUCGGGACAAGCCCGUUGCCUAGACUCUUAAGUCACUAAAUUGAUAGGAAUUCAUACUAGUACCAACUCGGGAAGGCUUUCCUAACGGUUUUCUAGAAGUACCUCGGCUCUUCAAUGAACCAUCCUCGUUGAUUCGUGCUGUUGUUACCCCGUAAUUUCAUAGGGUACUGUACUAGGUAGGAUGCAUAGGGCGGGUU